UCAUCAUCAUCAUUAUUGUGAAUCAUAAUCGAUCACCGAACAUCUUUAUUUGUUGUUUUUGGAACCAGAGCUGUUGCUGAUACGUUCGUCGUUGUGGUGGAUACAACCAAUCAACAGUGGUUUUUGCCCUUUGAUACCUUUAACUUCAAUCUAAUCAUCAUUUAAUUAAUUGGUCUCAGACCUGUGCACCCAAAAAAAACCGAUAUCCAACAAGUGAAAAAACAUUCCACCAAACAUCUUUUUGGCACUUUGGUUCCUGGAAUUCUUCGACUGGAAUUGAUCAUUAAUCAAUCAAUCAAAAAAAAUGGCGAAUAUGUUAAAUGUACAGGAGAUCCGUCGUAACGUGAUCAAUGUAGUGAAAAAUUAUUCCGAUGCACAGGUUAAAGUAAGAAAAGCAACAUCAAAUGAACCAUGGGGACCAUCAGCAACAUUGAUGGCCGAAAUUGCUGAUCUUACUUAUAAUGUUGUUGCAUUUUCGGAAAUAAUGCAAAUAAUUUGGAAACGUUUAAAUGAUCAUGGUAAAAAUUGGCGUCAUGUUUAUAAAGCAUUAUUAUUGUUGGAAUAUUUAAUUAAAACUGGCUCGGAAAAAGUUGCCCAACAAUGUCGUGACAAUUUAUUUGCCAUCCAAACAUUAAAAGAUUUUCAAUAUGUUGAAGAUAAUAAAGAUCAAGGUUUAAGCAUACGUGAAAAAAGUAAAUUAUUAGUUAAUUUACUUAAAGAUGAAGAAAAAUUAAAAGUCGAAAGAUCAAGAGCAUUGAAAGCAAAGGAAAGAUUUUCACAAUCAAUGUCUUAUAUGGGUGAACGUAGUGGUGGUAUAAGUGGUGAUAAUGCUGGUGGUGAACAAACUUUUCGGGCAUCAACAAGUUUUCCCGAAUCACUAUCACAAAGUGAAGCUGCAGCUCGUGCUUUGAAUUCAGAAUUGGAAUCAGCAAGACCACAAACUGCAGGUGAAGAAAAAUUACAAUUAGAAUUAGCAUUAGCAAUGAGUAAGGAAGAAGCUGAACAAGAAGAACGCUUACGAAAAAAUGAUGAUCUUCGGCUAAAAUUAGCAUUGGAAGAAAGUGAAAAAAAUCGAAUGAAAUCUGGCGAAGCCGGUGGUGAAUUUCCUCAUAAAUCAGCUGUUGAUGAAUUGCUUAGUCUUGCAACUGGUCCAAGUACUAGUUGUGAUCCAUGGUCUUCGACACCAACACCGGUGGCUACCACCACCAACACCGCAUCUUUAUCGCAGUCAUCUACAUUAGCUGCUGCCUCGUUGUUGCCUUCACCUCCGAUCAAUAACAAAAGUCAUAGGAUUACAAAUCAUCAUCAUAAUCAUAAUGAUCCUUGGUCAACACCACCACCGACCACUUCGAAUUCAAUGGAUUUUGAUGCAAUCAAACCAUCGUCGACCACCAGUUCGGCUUUUGAUGAUCCUUGGGCUGCGCCAUCUUCGGCUGCUGUUCCAUCGGCACCAAUUAUUGCUUCUAAUGAUCCGUGGUCAUUAAAUAGUACUACUGGUGAUGGUACGAAUGUAGCCCAAAAUGAUCCUUGGAAUUUGUCUUCAUCGGUCACAAAUGAUAAAAAAUCAUCAUUCGAAGAUGUGUUAUCUGAACCAGUAAAACAAUCGAUGUCAAAUGUUUCAACAAAUCCGGUACGUCGUACUCCUGAAAGUUUUCUUGGUCCAAAUUCUAACCUGGUUAAUUUGGAUGCAUUGGUUAGCAGUAAUAAAGUGCAGAAUUCUACAUCACCGAACAACAAUCCAUUUGCAUCGGUUUUACCACCACAACCCGUAAUUAAUCCAUUUCAGGCUAAUAAACCAUCACAACCGACAAUUAAUGAAUUACGUGCGCAAACACAACAAGGUGGUAUGUUGAUUGGUGGUUCAUCACCUAUUCUUAUAUCGUCGUCAUCAUUAUCAUCAUCGCCACCAUCGAUGUUUCAACAGCAGGCCACACCAUCAUUGUAUCCACAAUUGCCCACAUUAUCAUCAUCAUUGACAACGACCAACAGCAGCGGCAUCAAUGGCCAACAAAAUUCUGUUUGGGGCAAUUCUUCAUCAGUCCAAUCAUCUGCCUUUACAUUAUCAUCACCAAACAAUCCGUUUGCAAUGUGAUUCACGAUGUUUUCACCACCAAUCAACCAAUCUAAUAACGAAAAACAUACACCUUUCUCUUUCUCUUGUCAGGCAUUUUUUUCCUUUUCUCUGCCCCUCCAUUUUUUAGUUUGCAUUUUUUUUCUACUAAUUAAUCAAAAAUCGAUUUGACCAGUGAUUGAUUGAUCGACGAUGACGAAGAGAGAUCAAAUAUGUUGUUGUUCCUGAUUGUAAAUACUGAGGACAACUCAAGAUUCUCUUUUUUUCUCUAUUAAUAUCGAUAUUAUGAAUUUAUUAUUUAAUUAAUUAAAACAACAGACAUACAUCACUUACACACAACAUUGACCCCUAUGUAUUACAUCUGGAAACAACUUUUAUU